GAGAGAGAGAGAGAGAGAGAGAGGGGGAUGGUCCAGCCUUUGAAGAAGCGGAUCACUUUCCGCGUAGGGAAGAAGUCGGCGCCGACGCCCGCCGAAGCGAGCGAGGAGGAGACCAAGACCAGGAAACCCGGCGACGAAAAAGAGGAGACGCCGGUUUCAGAAGUCGUCGCCGAAGCCCCACCCGUCGCCGACUCUCCCUCUCGCGACAACUCGCUCUCCUCCCCACGUUAUGAUAGUUCUCCGCCCCGCCUCCUCCCCGCGUUCGUCCUCCGCGAGGGCUCGCCCCCGCUCCCCCUCGCCGACUACGAUCGCAUCCGCGCCGAGGCCCCGCGCCUGCUCCGGGGCGGCGCGAGCACCUUCCUCCGCCCCCACCGCCUCCCCCGCGCCGGCGCAGCCCCGCCAACGGCGCCGGCGCCGGCGCCGGCGCCGGUCCCGACCCUCGACUUCGCCUACCCCCCGAAGCCCUCCUCCUUCGUCGUCGGCGGCGGGGGCGGCGAUGCUGCGGCGGAGGCGGCGUCGAGCCCCCUCUUGGCGAAUCCGACUCCCAAGUUCGCGUACCCGCCGAACCUGUUCUUGCCGCGGUUUCCGCUGCCGAUGCUCUCCGCGGCGGACUGGAACGCCGAGGUGAGGAGGCAGCAGCUGCUCCUCGCGGCGGAGGAGGUGGAGGAUAAGUCCCUCCUUGCGGAAAAGGAACCUAUAUUAGCUUUAGCUGCUGAUUUCCCAGCUGACAAUUUAGUCAUACAGGAAAAGAUCAAGAUGCUCAAUCAUGCGUUCUCUUCCUUCAGACGAGUAUGUGGAGAUGGCAAUUGUUUCUACCGGAGUUUCAUCAUUUCUUACCUGGAGCAGAUUGCUGAAUCGCAAGAUGAACGUGAGGUCUUUCGCAUUUUUGAGCGUCUUGAAGAAUUGAAAAAGGGCUAUCUUACCUUUGGAGAGGAUGAAGACAGAUUUGACGAUUGUUUCUCGGACUUUCGCAAUGAAGUCAUAAAUAUUUUAGAAGAGAGACGAGCCGGUCUAAGCUUGACAAAGCUACUGCAGGAAAAUCUUGAUGAGUAUAAAUCAGACAAAGUUUUGAGUUUCCUUAGAUUGGUCACUUCUGUCGAUAUGCGCAUGCGAGAAGAGCACUUCAGUCCAUUUAUUGUUGAUGACACAAACCAGAAAUCUAUUAAGGAGUUCUGUGAGAAUGAAGUCCUUCCCUUGGGCGUGUACGCCGAUCACAUGCAAGUCGUAGCGCUCUCCAAUGCAUUCUGCAUCCCCAUACGCGUGGUGUAUCUAGACUCGUCCACAAGACCCGGGGGUGGAUUCGGAUUGACUCACCACGACUUCAUCCCCGUCAAGUACGAAGACAAGUUCUCGGAUUUGAGCUCUUUGAUAGAUGGCAGCAGCUCAAGCGGUAGCGCAAGCAGUAGCUCUUCUUCACUUCCACGUACGCCCGUUGUCGUCUUGCUGUUCAGGCCCGGCCAUUAUGACAUCCUCUAUCCAAAGUAAUUCUUUCUCGUUGCUCACUGCGAUGAUCGUCGUCGAGUACCAGUAAAUAGUUUUUUCCUUUCUUGUUUUGUUUUUCCUCCUCUCGUAAGGGUCACGAAUAUUCUUUUGAAUGUAAAGUUCGGUGAGGCACGCACAUACUCAAACUGUAGACAAAGCGAUCAUCAAAUGAAAUCUUCAAGCGAUAUAGUAUGUUCAUCCGACAAUA